UACGCAUAACUGGAGUCGCCCCAGUGAGAACGUUGUUCAUAGCUAGAAGUAUAGGUAUCGUGAAAUGGUUAUGCUUAGCGAUGAUUACGAUUUUUUGUACAAAGUGAUUCUCAUUGGUGAUUCUGGAGUCGGAAAAUCUAACCUCCUUUCUCGAUUUGCAAGAAAUACUUUUAGUACUGAAUCAAAGUCGACGAUUGGAGUCGAAUUUUCGACCAGAAUAGUCACAGUUGACGAAAAACGUGUAAUGGCUCAGAUUUGGGAUACAGCCGGCCAGGAAAGAUUCAAGACUGUCACUGGAGCAUACUAUAGGGGAGCGCAGGGAGCACUAAUCGUCUAUGAUAUCACAAAGCCCAGUUCAUUCGAAUCAUGUAAGCAGUGGUUGCGAGAUUUACGCGAACAAUCGGAAAACGUAACGGUAAUGCUUGUCGGGAACAAAUCUGAUCUGAGAAACCUACGUAAAGUCUCAUCAGAUGUAGCGAAAAAAUUUGCAGAGGAGAAUAACCUCACCUUUAUUGAGACCUCGGCUUUGGAUAGCUCAAACGUUGAGAAGGCAUUUACACAGGUUCUCACAAAAAUUUAUCGAGCAGGCACAGCAAGUAAUCUUAAUAAUGGUACCAAUGGAGUCAAGCUCUCGAGCGACACAUCGCUGCCAGUUUCUAAGAAAGGUUGUUGCCGAUCCGCAUAAUAACUUCAAAAAAAAAAAGAUUGAGAUCUUAUUAGGUUUGUGAUGAAAUUGUGGUACGUUCUCGUAAUUUCACUAUUUACUCUCAAAUAUAACACUGCAACAAUUAUGUACAUAUUGAUGUAAUUGCUAAA